AUGAAGCCCUUCCAGAUCAGGGAUCUUCAUGCGUCUUCGUUCCAGGGAGGCGAGGAGAGUCUUGCUCAACCGACCCGCUCUCAUGGAGUUGUUCGCAUCUCAGCCGUCGACUACGAUGAUCUUGCCUCAACCCAUCCACGUGCUCGGCUCACUUAUCCUGAUGACGACGACGGUGACAAGAUCGAAGUCGGGUCUUCAUUUGAGCUUUCUCAACGCCUCGACGAGCCCAUAGACCAGAACGAACCGAGCCCGAUGCACAUAUUCGACAUUCGUCGAUCAAACUCCGUCACCGAGCUUUGGAAACGAUUUGAAGACAAGGCUGAUGUAGCUUCCAAGUCGACAGAUGUCAAGAGGGAUAUCUGCGCCGCGCAUGGAUAUGCCCCUGGAACAUCUACCCAAGAUCGAUCAUCAAGGUCUUCAAAUAGCGCUUCUAGUUUCAGCCCUGGAGAGGCAUCCGAUCCCCUUUUGAGUGGAUUCGAGGCUGAACUUGCGAAUCUUUCCCUCGGCCCAGGUGCCCACGAAACUGAAAACAAGCAGCUGAAGCCAUCGUUCGACACAGUGCCAAGCGCAAGCGGUCCUUCCGACCAUGAAUCACAACCUCUUAUGGCAGCAUUUGAAGCUGAGUUGGCGAACCUCAUGAACUCCACAGAUGUCUCUGGAUCCAAACCUCCGCAGAUAGAAUCGUCUCCCAAACCCGAGUCGAGUGCACGCACGAGCUCGCAGCGAACCCCUCAUCCUAUUGAGCUCCUUGCGGCUCCAGUCAUUAACCACCUAGUCAGUGGUGCUAACAUGGUCCAUUCUGAAUUUACGGCGCGUCUGCCAGAAUUGCAACGCCAACUACAAGAAAUCCAAGGCCAACUACAAGACGCCCAAAGAGCACUUCCAGAACAUGUCGGAAAUUCGAUUGUGGAUUUUCUACGUAUGGCGGAGGUCCAGCUUAAAACUAUUCUGGACACCUACUAUGCAAACGCUGGAAGACCUAUGGCUGAGAACGCUGCAGAUGGCUUCCGAACGGUAGCGUCUGAGUUCAACGGGCUUAGACAGUCACUGUCUGCGGUAUUGUCCGACAAUAAACCUUCCGAGUCUACCAGCGACUCUGCACAGGCCAACGCAGCAUCCGAUGUGCGGAGCGCCGCUGAUGGCGCGUUCUCGAGUACCGGAACGCAUGCAACCGGACCCCCGGACUCCAGCGCUCAAAAUCCUGAACUACGGCACAUGGAUUCAAACAAAGAAGUGUUGGCCGGCCAAGCGCCGAGUGCCAUUCCCGAUCCCAGCAGAGAUGCAACACUUCUGGGGACCAAGAAUACAAGGGCAGACACUCAGACAAACCCACACUUUCCAUAUCCCCAUCGUCGCCAUCGAGGCUCUCAACCCCGGGUCGGAUCACAUCCUGCAACUCCACCCGUUCUUCAAAACCACUGGCAGUCCCCUCCAUCUGUGCCUUUCUGGCCAUCUUUGAAUCAUCUUCCAUGGAAUUUACCCCCUACUCGCUUCCCCCACCAUCCCCUUGUACCGCCACCUCACCCUCCACCUCCACCUCCACCGCCGCCACCAUUUACAGGUCGGUGGUUCAAUCCUGAUUCUUUCGGAAAUUUCCUUGCAACUCCCUCGGAUCCAUACCAUGAAGAUGGACCGUCUUCUUCAUAUCGGGCUCAAACGUCUUCAAAUGCGACUCAACUGCUAUCCGAAGGUGGAGAGUCGACGCUUUUCAUUGGUAAUGUCGGCUUCAGGGUCACGGAAAGGAUGAUUCAAGAUGUCUUUGCUUCAAAGGGUUUCAUUGUGAAUGCUCAUCUUCCGUUGGAUACUGUGUCGGGGAAACAUGCAGGCUUCGGAUACCUGCACUUCCCGUCUAAAUAUCCAGCCAUGGCUGCAAUCCACGCACUUCAAGGUGCACACAUUGAUGGCCACGCGAUCAAUCUUGAGUUCAGUGAAAAUACGCCUAUCGAAAGCGUGCGAGCUCCAACAAAUAUGAGCUCCAACAGGGACCUUCCAAACCGUGGCCAAGACGACUCAAAGAAACCCAAUUCCGAUGCACGGCAGUUGCAAGACGAUUCGAUCAAGCGUAGGAAGUCUGUGACCUUCAAGGAUCCAACGCCGCCCGCCAAAGAAACCAGCACAGGCGACUUUUCUGCUCGGGCCGAAUCGCCUCUUAUUGAUCUGGAACAAUUCGAAGACACGAGUCCUGGUGGAAUCUCUUUAAACCAGAUUGAGGCAAACUUGGGUCAUGCAGUGACCUGUGAAGAUGACAGCUUCGCGAAAUUCAAUCCUGAAGAGGAGAUGAGUCGCUUCCCGCCGGUCUCCCAGUUGGAAGCACAUCUCGCAACUCAGAAUCAGUGCGCCACACCAAGCUCGAGCGUCCCGGCGUCGAACAGUGGCCAAAUUUCUGAAGAUUUACCAAAGAUGCUAUACAACAAGUCCAGAACCCGUGGGUCACGGGGUUUGGACGACGCUCCCAAGACCCCAGCAAUGGUUGACACGAGUGGCCGCAACUCUGGUAGCUCUGUCCUUCGUCGCUCGAGUACUAUGAUGAUCCCCCGCUCUGAACUUUCCAGCCCCGUGGACAAUCUAUCCGCUACAGGUUUGAGGCGACGUGCAUCCGAGCGUGUUCCCUUGCGGUCCAGUGCUGGGCAGGAUACCUGGGCCCGACUCGACAGGAGAGAACGCCGCCUCUCUAGACCAUCUUUUGGUCACAACGAUCUCGGAGGUUUCACCACAUGGGGAAUUAGCCAGCCUCCAGCUCCAGCCUCGCUCGAAGCGGAGCCCAAGAGUCACAAUAAGCCCGAAAUUGCAAAUUGCAUCUCCAGUCUUGUUGACAUGGGCUAUGGUGCAGCUGAAGAGGGCGGUCCAUCUCGGAUAGCUGUCUAUGCGGCUGCAUCGAAUGGCAGUCUUCUGGAUGCCAUCGAGAUGAUCGAGGAAGAAAGAAAGGCAUACGCCAGACAUGACCGAAAGUGA